AUGGACUCUAAAUCGUCUGGCUCUGACGCUGCUGCCACUUCUCCGGGCAGCCUAAAUGUCCCCCGAGGGAAACUGCUCUUGCCCGCGAGCUGCGAGCCACCUCUACCAAACGCGCCGCGGAAGCAGCUCGUAUGGAUAGUCUUCGGCGGGACCGGCCACAUGGGCCGCUCACUCGUCAAGUGCGCACUAGGAAGGGGUGAUUACGUGACGGACGUGGGCCGGACCUUCGAGAGCAGCCCGGAGUCGAUGGCGAACCAGCACGAGAAUUGCCUGGGGAUGCUGUGCGACGUGCGCGCGCGGCAGAGCGUGACGGCGGUGGUCGAGCGGACGCUGGCGCACUUUGGCCGCAUCGACGUGGUGGCCAACUGCUCGGGGUACGGGGUGAUCGGCGCGUGCGAGGACCAGGAUGAGCACGAGAUCCGCAACCAGUUCGAGACCAACUUCAUGGGCACGCUGCACAUCAUCCAGGCGACGCUGCCGUACUUCCGGCGCCAGGCCGCGGGGCGGUACCUGAUCUUCAGCUCGACGAGCGGCGCGCUCGGCGUGCCGGGGCUGGGCCCCUACUGCGCGACCAAGUACGCGGUCGAGGGCCUGAUCGAGGCCAUGCUGUACGAGAUCGACGCUUUUAAUGUGAAGGCGACGCUGGUCGAGCCGGGCCUGGUGCGCCGCGACGAGCCCGACUCCGACUCGCAGAGCGCCAACAGCCACCCGCUGCCGACCUGGGGCCACUUCCUCAUCAAGCCGGCCAGCGACGCCUACGCGCACGCGACGAGCCCCGCGCUGCACGCCAAGCGCAUGGUGCAGUGGCUCGGCGACCGCCAGCCCACCAGCGCCGUCAAGUGCGCCGAGCUCGUGUGGCAGCUCGCCCACUGCUCGUACCCGCCGCUGCGUCUCGUGCUCGGUAGUUACGCAAUCGAGAGCAUCCGCGACCGCCUGCGCUCCGUCACCGAGGAGCUCGAGGACUGGAAGCACCUGAACUACCCGGCCGCCGAGGACCAGGCCGCCGCCGCCUCCUCCUCCGCCGCGCCGCAGCAUGAGGACCACGGCGACCGCGAGGACGAUGAUGAGGGGUCUAAUGGCGAGGAGCAGGAUCCGGCUACGUGA